CCUCAUCUAGACUAGUUUUGUUUAAUAAUUGUUUACUCAUUUACUUAUAUGAUCGUUUAUCACUCUCCAGUGUACUUUCGAUCCUCUAUAAAAACGUCAAGCCAGGCAGAGCCAAACUUUUCGGAACCUCCAGCCCCAAAGUUAUGGCAAUGCCAUUAGGCUUUCUUCUGUUAGCUUUGGUGCUACUAAUUGCACUGACAAAUAGCAACGAUGCUGUCACAAUUCCACCCAAUUACGACACCGUCUUCCUCAACAGAAGCAGCUUUCCAGCCGGGUUCAUAUUUGGCACGGCUUCAUCAUCUUACCAGUAUGAAGGUGCUGCAAAAGGAGGUGGAAAAGGACCAAGCAUAUGGGAUACCUAUACCCACAAAUAUCCAGAUAGAAUCAAGGAUCACAGCAACGGAGAUGUAACUGUUGAUGAAUAUCACAACUAUAAGGAAGAUGUGAGGAUUAUGAUGAACAUGGGAUUGGAUGCUUAUAGAUUCUCUAUUUCGUGGCCCAGAUUGUUACCAAAUGGAAAGCUCAGUGGGGGCGUGAACAAGGAAGGGAUCAAAUACUACAACAAUCUUAUCAAUGAACUCAUAAACAAUGGUUUAAAGCCAUUUGUGACACUCUUUCACUGGGAUCUUCCGCAAGCUUUACAUGACGAAUAUGGAGGUUUCUUAAGCCCUAAAAUUGUCAAUCAUUUUCGAAACUAUGUAGAGCUUUGUUACAAGGAGUUCGGUGACCGGGUAAAGCAUUGGAUCACAAUAAAUGAGCCAUGGAGCUAUAGUUAUGGUGGUUAUACACGUGGGUUUCUGGCACCGGGACGGUGUUCUGCUUGGCAACAACUAAACUGCACUGGUGGAAAUUCGGCUACCGAACCAUAUUUAGUGGCACACAACCUCCUCCUAGCUCACGCCGCAGCUGUAAAAUUGUACAAGAAUAAAUAUCAGACAUCACAAGAAGGCACGAUAGGAAUAACACUGGUAUCAAACUGGUUUAUACCAAUUUCUGAGGCAAACCAACAUAAAAAUGCAGCAUUACGAUUUUUGGAUUUCAUGUUUGGCUGGUUUGCUGAGCCAUUGACUAGUGGUGACUAUCCGCAAAGUAUGCAACGUCUUGUUGGAAACCGAUUGCCAAAAUUCACAAAGGAACAAUCCAUGAUGCUAUUUGGUUCAUUCGAUUUUCUCGGAUUGAAUUACUAUACUACCUAUUAUGCAGCCUAUGCACCUCAACCUAAUUCAUCAAAUGCAAGCUACUUGAUAGACAUACAUGCUAAACCCUUAUAUGAGCGUAAUGGGGUGCCCAUUGGUCCAAAGGCUGCUUCUGACUGGCUGUAUGUUUAUCCAAGAGGAAUUCAAGAUCUUUUACAUUACAUAAAGGAAAACUAUCACGAUCCACUCAUUUACAUUACUGAAAAUGGCAUUGAUGAGUUCAAUGAUCCCAAAUUAUCACUUGAAGAAGCCCUUAAUGACACCAUAAGAGUUGAUUAUCAUUACUGGCACCUCUAUUAUCUUCAAAAAGCAAUCCAGGAUGGUGUCAAUGUGAAGGGAUACUUUCUAUGGUCAUUGUUAGACAACUUUGAAUGGAAUUCUGGAUACACUGUUCGAUUUGGUAUCAAUUAUGUGGAUUAUAACAAUGGGCUAAAAAGAUCCCCAAAACUCUCAGCGCAAUGGUUCAAAAAUUUCCUCAGUAACUUUUGAAGAAAUCUAAUUAUAGGUAUAUUAUUGUUUUUUUGCAUAAGAAUUCUAAUGUGAAUGUAAUUUGUGUAUGAACAAAACUAUAUAUGUAUGUGGAGUGAUCAACUUCCUUACAAAAUACCAAAAAUAAAUGUAUGUUAGUCUGAUUUUAUUA